CAGCUGCGUUGCUGUAUCGUAUCGACCAUGAAUAAUAAUCAAUACCGGAUGAUGAUCGAUCAGCUGUGACUGACAGCCGGCGGUGAGGAGGUGAUUUCAGGGAUUUCAGAGACUCGGCUCAUGGCCACAGCAGACACAAAGACGGGAGGAUCUGAGGAGUCCAGUUUGCAGUCUGAGGAGUCCUUGAGGAGGUCUGAGGAGUCCAGGAUGAGGUCGACGGGCCCCGUGAGCUCCUGGGAGACGGAGCUGACCUCCAUCCAGCACUGCCUGAAGUUUGUGUUGAAGCUGAAGGAGGAGUUUGUUUGUCCCGUCUGCAGAGGGGUCGUGCUCAACCCCCAGCAGAACUCCUGCGGACACAUCUACUGCUUCCACUGCCUCCAAGGACUGCUGGAGACUUCUUCACCGUCCAGCCCGGCGUGUCCGGUGGACGGACACGUGAUCACUCCUGCUGAGGUUUUCCAGGACAACUGCUGCAAAAGAGAAAUCUCCGGUUUAGAGGUUUACUGUACCAACUCCCCAUCCUGCACCUCCGUCCUCACCUUACACCACCUGCAGGAGCACCUGAGGUCGUGUCAGUAUGAGCAGCUGCAGUGCUCCAAUCCAGGCUGCAGCGCAACGCUACAGAGGAGAAACCUGCAGGAACACCUGAGCAACACCUGCCCUCACCGCAUGGAGCCCUGCCCACACUGCAGGCAGCCGCAGCAGCUCAGCCUCAUCCAGGAUCAUGUGUGCAGCGUGUGUCCAGAGGUGGAGGUGAAUUGUCCGAACAGCUGUUCCCAGAAGGUCCGCAGACACAUGCUGACAGAGCACAGAGAGUCGUGUCCUGAAGUUCUCAUCGACUGCUCUUAUAAGAAGUUCGGCUGCUCUGUGCAGGAAAAGAGAGGGAGAAUGAAGCUUCAUGAAGACGCUGCUGUCAGUCAUCACAUGCUGCUGGUUCUGAAGAGCAACACUAACCUGGAACAACAGAUGGAUGUUCUCCAGGAGGAGGCGCUGCUGAGGCAGCAGGACGUCCAGACGGACACGUUACUGCUGGCUGGGCUGCAGAAGAAAAUCAGACCUCUGCUUCAACAGAGCAACAACCACGAACACAUCGUCUCCACAGCUCAGAGGACUCUGAGCAAGCACGAGGACGUCCUGUCCACCGUCCAGCUGGAAAUCCAGCAGGAGUCUCGAGGACUCGGUUCUGGUCUGGAGUUAGAGCAGCUCAGAAGCUCUCUGGAUGCUGUGAUCCAGGAAGUGUCGUCAGCUGAGGCCCUCAGAGAGCACCUGGGAACUUUGGAGGAGAAUCUGAAGCGUCACUCAGGUCUCCUGGAUGUCCAUGCCGCUCAGCUCAGCCGUAACAUGCAGCACCUGCAGGAGCUCGAGGCGACGUCCUACGACGGCAAACUGAUCUGGAAGAUCCAGGAUUUUAGGAAAAAGCAGGAAGCUGAGGCCAAAGGUCAGUCACCGUGCCUGAGCAGCGUGCCAUUCCACACCGGGCGCUGUGGCUACAAAAUGGCCGUCAAAGCUUAUCUGAACGGGGAUGGCGAAGGCAGAGGGACUCACCUGUCCCUUUACGUUGUGCUGAUGCCGGGAGACUUCGACGCUCUGCUGCCGUGGCCUUUCAAACAAACCGUGUGUCUGUCUGUUCUGGAUCAAAGCGGUGCCGGAAACCAUCGCAGUCUCAGCUUCAGACCCGACCCAACAUCCAAAAGCUUCCAACGACCCGCCGCCGACGGCAACGUCGCUGUCGGGUUUUCAUGCUUCAUCCCCCUCAACAAGCUAGAAACUCCUCAAAAUGCUGCGUACGUCAUCGACGACACAAUGUUCGUCAAAGUGAAGGUGGAUAUGGCAGGUUUAGAUCAACUGUAAGCUUUCUCCCAUCACUUGUAGGAUUUUAAUUUUACUUUGGCACCGCACAGACUGCUCCAGUUUUCAAUGAGACUGUUUUCAGCAAAAUAUGCAAUCAGAUUAAUGUGAAAGAUGCUUUAAAACAUUGUGGCUUUUAGCUUCAGGAUCAACUCAGGGAUUAUUCGUCUUUGUUCCUUUGGUACGAGGUCAUGAUGUAAAGUUAAAGUUACAAAGACAAAACUGUUCUCCUUCCUCUUUGGUAUCAUUCACACUGUAUGCUGUUGUUGCAGCUCUGCACUGAAGCUAUUUGAUGAAAUAUUUAAACCACAGACUUCAUGUUUUACAGCUGCAUCAGUCCAUAAGAUGGAAAUAUUCCACACACAUUUACCCAAAAUUCAUCCUGACGGAUUUGUUGUGUUUGGAGUCUUUGAGAUCUUGUACGUUUGUACAAACAGCAUGAGUUCAUAAAGGUGGAGUCACACAUGGGUUCAGUCUGUAGCAGUGACACUGACAUGGAAGGAUUACUGAUUGUCUGCUUUGACAAAUUCAAUAAUAAUAUGAACAGAAAUGUUUUUAAGCUAUUACAAAUGAUGUAGCGUGUCUUAAAACAACAGUCAGGAGCCCAAAUGAACAGUGAAACCUGUUUUUCUUGCU